AAUGCUUUUUGGUAUAAGAGAGUCUAAAGGGGUUAAAUUAAAGGUCCCUCAGUAGCCCCCCAAAUUGUUCUUUCUGACUGCGGUGACCAGAUGCCUGAGCGUAUAGGUGAGAAUGAGCUCAUUACGGCUCACGUUUUUCAAGACGUUUCAGAGACUCGGCUGUAUCGGUCAUGUGGAUGGAGCAGAUAGCAAAUGGGAAUCCUACUCUUUUCUCCGAUACUGAAGUGCCCAGAGUUCAGAACAGAAGCAUAUAUUUUAAAGAAUUGCAGUGCUCUUGAGUGGAAGUCGAGUUACAACUUCAGAAGAGAUGGGCAGACUUUUUGAAUACGAGUCAAGGAGGAAGAGCAAGCAGCACGUGCUGAUCGAGAACGCCUGAGAGCCAGGAGCCGGCAAGACGGACAUCCCAGCUCAGAGAGAGAGCGAGAGAAUCGCCCUUCCUUCGCCUUUUGUUCCAUUCGGGUCCUCAGUGGCUCAGAUGACACCCGCCCGUAUUGGUGAAGGCGUGUCUCUGUUCUCAGUCCGCUGCAUGCUAAUCUCUUCCAGAGACACCCUCACAGACACACCCAGAAAUGAUGUUUUACCAGCUCUCCGGGUGUCCCUUAGCCUAGUCAGGCUGACCAUGACAUGUGGUAUGAAGACAGUGGCAAGACGAGAAUUCAUUCAACUGUCUUCACAACUCUGGCUGGAUGUGGCGAGUGUCAUCCCCAUCGGGAGCCAGAAGGCCAGGAAAAGCCACGUCGAGACGCACUGCUGCUUCUGCUGUGUGUUGCCGUCUUGCCUCUACAGAACCUCCACUGAACACGCCAGAAAACAGAGAAUAUCUUGCAGAAAUUAUGUUUGAAUCAUUUAAUGUACCAGGACUCUACAUUGCAGUUCAGGCAGUGCUGGCCUUAGCAGCGUCUUGGACCUCGCGACAAGUGGGCGAACGUACGUUAACGGGGAUCGUCAUUGACAGUGGGGACGGGGUCACCCAUGCUAUCCCAGUGGCAGAAGGGUAUGUCAUUGGGAGCUGCAUCAAACACAUCCCUAUCGCAGGGAGAGAUAUUACGUAUUUCAUGCAACAGCUGCUGAGGGAGCGGGAGGUGGGGAUUCCUCCGGAGCAGUCGCUGGAGACUGCCAAAGCCAUCAAGGAGAAAUACUGUUACAUUUGCCCUGAUAUCGUCAAGGAAUUUGCCAAAUAUGAUGUGGAUCCUCAGAAGUGGAUCAAACAGUACACGGGGAUCAAUGCAGUCAACCAGAAGAAGUUCAUUAUAGACGUUGGCUACGAAAGGUUCCUGGGCCCUGAGAUUUUCUUUCACCCGGAGUUUGCCAACCCAGACUUUAUGGAGUCCAUCUCGGACGUUGUUGAUGAAGUCAUACAGAACUGCCCCAUCGAUGUCCGUCGUCCGCUGUAUAAGAAUGUCGUUCUUUCAGGGGGCUCGACGAUGUUCAGGGACUUUGGACGUCGCCUGCAGAGAGACUUAAAAAGGGUGGUGGACGCCAGACUGAGACUCAGCGAGGAGCUCAGCGGCGGCAGAAUAAAGCCCAAGCCCGUGGAGGUCCAGGUGAUAACGCAUCACAUGCAGCGCUAUGCGGUGUGGUUCGGAGGCUCGAUGCUGGCCUCAACUCCCGAGUUCUUCCAGGUCUGUCACACCAAGAAGGACUACGAGGAGUACGGCCCUACCAUCUGCCGCCACAACCCCGUCUUCGGAGUCAUGUCGUAGUGGCGGCUUUGACACCGCCCUUCCAGUGGUGUCGCCGGCGGUGCGCAAGUGUCCUUCAGACCCGGAGGAGACCGGCUCCUGUACAUAGUGCGCAUGCCGUGGUGCCGGGGAGCCCGGGGCGUGUGGCGCCGCCCGGGCAGCCCCGCAAAGCCACCUCCGCGCCCGGCCUCCCCCCGCCCCCCGCCCCCGCCUCCCCCGCUCUCUC